GAGGGCGAGAGGCGCUGCGUUCUGCUGGCGUGAGUCCCCGGAAAGUCGGGAAGGAGGUUCUGUUUUGUGCCGGGCCCGCACCUGGCUGGCCAGCGCCUCGGGCCCAGGCUCCGUGUGGACGGGGCCGGACUCAUACAGCCUCGGGCCGCCCGCUCCGAGGUGUGCCUCACCUGCUGGGCUGUACCGGCCCGCAUCGCCUCACACCCCGCUGCUGAAGGCCGGAGGACUCCGCCCGUGACAGGCAGACAUCAGUCCUUCCAUCUGGCGCUUGUUAUGUACAGGUUCGUUGCUGCCAGAGCUGUGUGAAGAAAAGAUCCUAUCUGCUGUGUGGAGAAUGGAUUGGAAAAGAGAAAGAAGGGGGAGACCAUGCAGGAAACUCUUGCAGAAGUUCAGAUCCUGAAGGUGAUAUGAGGGAUGGACCAGAGAGAAAGAUGUGGGCCUGGAAGCUUUAUGAGAAAGAGGACUUUCAAACCAGUCCCUGAGACCAACCAGAACACUGUUUGACACAGACAACUGGAUGGAGACCUAGCUGGGAGAAGGAAGAUGCUCCUGGAAGGAACUGAUACAGGAUAACAACAUGGAAAGGAAAGCCCAGGAGAGCAAGAAAGGACUGACCCACAGAGAAGUCCCUCGUGUUGUUGGGCUGCUGCUCGCCAUGGCCCUUAUGAAUGUGGUCCUUUACCUCUGCUUCGACCGAUUUUUCAUAUCCCCUCAACAUUCCACCAAGGACCCUAGAUCUUGUCCAUAUGGUUACUUCAAAAUGGGGCAGAUGAAAAACUGUUCACCCUGGCUGUCCUGUGAGGAGCUGAGGACAGAAGUGAGACAGUUGAAGCGUGUUGGGGAAGGAGCCGUGAAGAGAGUCUUUCUGUCUGAGUGGAAGGAACGCAAAGUUGCGCUCUCACGGCUCACCAGUCUGGAAAUGAGAGAUGAUUUCCUCUGUGGACUACAGAUGCUGAAAUCUCUACAAAGCAAACACAUUGUCACACUGCUUGGCUACUGUGAGGAAGACAACACUAUUCUUACUGAAUAUCACCCCUUAGGUUCCUUGAGCAACCUGGAAGAAACACUAAACCUUUCAAAGUACCAAAAUGUGAAUACAUGGCAGCACAGGCUGCAGCUGGCCAUGGAUUAUGUUGGUGUCAUUAACUACCUGCACCACAGCCCCCUGGGCACGCUGGUCAUGUGUGACUCUAAUGACCUGCCCAAGACACUAUCUCAGUAUCUGCUAACAAGUAACUUCAGCAUUGUGGCAAAUGAUUUAGAUGCCUUACCCCUGGUGAACCACAGCUCUGGGACAUUUGUGAAAUGUGGCCACAGGGAGCUUCAUGGGGAUUUUAUAGCUCCUGAGCAAUUAUGGCCUUAUGGAGAGGACAUACCUUUUCAUGAUGAUCUCAUGCCCUCAUAUGAUGAGAAGAUUGAUAUCUGGAAGAUUCCAGAUGUUUCCAGUUUCCUUUUGGGGCACGUUGAGGGUAGUGAUAUGGUUCGAUUCCAUUUGUUUGAUAUUCAUAAGGCCUGUAAGAGCCAGAAUCCUGCAGAAAGACCCACUGCUCAGGAUAUUCUGGAUACUUAUCAAAAGGUUUUGAAUUUACUCAGAGAUACUGUGAUGUCUCAGACAAGAGAAAUGUUAUAAAAAUCAGUGCAGCCAUUGAAGGGUGGGGUUUGAGGACCGAAUGGAAGUUAUAGCAGUUCUACUCUGAUGAUGGUUUUUUGUGUAAGCCCUAUGGUUUUUUUUGUUUGUUUGUUUGUUUGUUUUUUUAUUCAGCUAUGUGGCUUUUUUUCUAUAUCCACUUGGCCUUUUGGGGGGUGGGGGGGCGGUUUGGUCAUUUUUUCUGUGGUACCUGGGAAUGAACCCAUGGCCUCACACAUGGUAGGCAAGCACUCUACCACUGAGCUACAUCCCCAGCUCUUUUUAGUUUUUGAGACAGGGUCUCAGUUAAUUGCUGAGGCUGGCCUUGAACUUGAGAUCCUCCUGCCUCCGCCUCUGGAGUAGCUGGAAUUAGAGGUGUGCACAUCAGUGCCUGGCUUCAUCUGCACAUUUGAGUGUGUUCUACCUCUCCUGCCAACUGGAUGGAGGUUUUAAUUAAGAGCAAACUGGGUCUGAUUUAAAGCUGGCUUCAUCUUUCUGAGGCCAUUUGCUUCCUGGCUGAGAUGCAGAAAAAUAGUGAUCUACUCAUAUUUGAAGGAAGUAAUAAAAGUGUAGCUAUAAAGAGGUUCUGUUGCCCCUAAUAACUGAAUUUAUGAGCUUAUGAGAAAUAUAUAGGCAGAUGAUUUUUAACUGGCAGUAUAUGCAAAAGACAGUGAUUCUUCAAAUAAUGGUUUCUCUAUAUAGUUUAAAAAAUGGUAUUGAAGAAAAAAUGUUUAUAGCGGCACAAUUCACAAUAUCUAAAUUAUGGAAUCAACCCAGAUGCCCAUCAAUAGAUGAAUGGAUUAAGAAAUUAUGGUAUAUAUGUAUAUACAAUGGAGUUCUACUCAGCCAUUAAAAAAAUGUAAUUAUGGCAUUUGCCAGUAAAUGGAUGGAAAUGGAGAAUAUCAUGCUAAGUUAACUAGCCAAACUCAGAAACUUAAGGUCAAAUGUUUUCUUUCAUUUAUGGAAUCUAGAGUAAAAUAAAGGAAAGGGGAGGGAAGGAUAAGAGUACAUAAAGAACCAGUCAAAUACAAAUUAAUAGAUGAGUGAAAGGAAGUCCAGUAGAAGGAGAAGGGAAGAGGGUAGGGAAAAGGGGAAGAGAAAAGGAAGGAUCAUGAACUGAAAUCAAUUUCCAUGAUGUAUGAGUUUGUCAGGUCUUUAUAGUUAUACUAUGUAUAGCCAUAAAGCUCUAACUUUAAAAAAAAAAAAAAAAAGAAAAGAAUUUAAAAAUGGCAUUGAGGGUUAGGGGGUAUAGCUCAGUGGCGGAGCACAUGCCUAGCAUUUGUGAAGUCCUGGGGUUGAUCCCCAGCACCAAAAAAAAAAAAAAAAAAAAAAAAAGAUUUAACAUAUGGGGUAUCCAGAGUGUUUGUGGUCUGUUCACAUGGCAUUAAUGUGAAUCAUUUAAAUCACUGAUUUAAAUGAUUUCUCUAUGAAGCUUCUUGUGUUACCCCUUUCCAAUGAGAUUUUGUUUGUUUGUGUUUUCGUACCAGGGAUUGAAUACAGCUUAACCACUGACCACAUCUCCAACCUUUUUUUUUUUUUUUAAUAUUUUAUUUUGAGACAGGGUCUUGCUAAGUUACUUAGGGCCUCACCAAGUAGCUGAGGCUGAUUUUGAACUCAAGAUCCUCCUGCCUCAGCCUCCUGAGCCCCUGGAAUUACAGUUGUGUGCCACUGCACCUGGCUCCAAUGAGUUUUUUAAAAAAGAACUGUUACAGCAUACUCUUUGUAAUUUGGAAUGGAUAAAAAUAUUUAGAAAAGAAAAUUGAGGCAAACAAUAGCUAUGUUACUGGGCUUUAGAAGGUGCUUUGAAGUUCCUAUUUAUUGGGUUUUCCACGUCCAAAAUUUGUGGUGAGCAUUUUACAUCAGCAAGUGUUCCUCAUUACCGCACAGUAUCAAGCCAUCCCACUUGGGUUGCAUGGCUGAAUCCUUCAAAAAGUUCUUUCCUAUGACACUGUCAGCCUCAUUUGCAGGGGUUGAGGAUUUGGUGUGUAUUAAUGAUCACUAACAAGAUGGCUAAAGCUGGUGUUCAGAAUCGUAGAUGUUCUGCAUUGGACUCUGCCUUUGCCUGACUCAAGCAGGCAUCAGAAUCACUGGAAGGCACAAGCUGGGUCCCCAUAGCUUCUGACUCAUUGGGUUUGAGCAUUCAUAACUGGUUCCCAGUAAAGCACAUGGUGCUGGUCUGGGGACUACAUUUUGAGAAGCCCUACCCUGAGCUGUCAGGGAGGCACCACAGAGUAGGAUAGCAGUAUUAUCAACAUUGUUCCCUAUUGCUGGUGGAGUGGCCUGUGCUUGGUGAGAGAAUAUGCUUGCCCACAUUCUCUGAUGUCACUCUGAAGCUCAGUGGGCACUCCCUUCACCCUGGAUUUAUUUUGUUACAAUAACUCCACUGUUGGGAUAAUAUCAAGUAUUGGUGAGGAUAUGAAGAAACUAGAGUCCUCAUAAUGUUGCUCAUGGGACAAGAGCAUGGUACAGGAUCUUGGGCAAAUAGUCUAGUAGUUCCACAAAAAGUUUAAAAUAAAGUUACCACAUGACCCAGCAAUUCUCUUAAGUGUAUACCCAAGAGAUAUAUACAUCCACACAAAAGGCACAUGUCAACAUUGUCCAUACAUAUUCAUAGUGCAAUUAUUCACACUAGAUAAAAGGUAAUAAAAACCCAAAUGUCCAUUAGUCAAUGAAUAAACAAAAUAUAGUAUAUCCAUACAAUGGAUUAUUAUUCAGCCUUAAUGAAGUUCUGGGCAUGGUGGCACAUUCCUAUACUUCUAGCUACUUGGGACUGAGGCAGGAGAAUUGCAAAUGUAAGGUCAGCUUGGUAAAUUAGUGAAACAUUGUCUCAAAAUUUUAAAAUCUAAGAAAGGUCUGGUGAUAUAACUGAGUGGUACAGUGCCCCUGGGUUCAAUCCCCAGUACUACAAAACAAAAACAAAAGGAAUGAAGUUCUAAUGCAUGCUAUAAUAUGGAUGGACCUUGAAAACAUACUAAGUGAAGGAAGUUACUCACAAAAGACUGCCUGUCAUGAUUCUAUUUAUAUGAAAUGUCCAAAAUAGGAAAAUCCAUAGAAACAGUAUUUGCUAGAGGGUAGUAGGGAGUUGGGGUGGAAGAAUGACUUAUACCAGGUACAGAGUUUUUUGGUAGUGAUGAAAAUGCUCUGAAAUUACAUAGUAGUGAUGUUUGUACAACUCUGAAUAUAUGAAGUACCACUGAAUUGUUUUUUAAGAAAGGACAAAUUUUAUGGUAUGUGAAUUAUGUCUCAAUAAAACUUAUUUUAAAAAUA